CCACUUUCUCAUACGCACUUCCCUCCCCAAAAUCAUUGACACUCCCAUACGAGAGAAACGAUCACUGUGGCGAGAGAUAUGGGUUCUUUCAGAUCCUCAUCGGCCAUAUCCAUGGCCUUCCUCAUCUUCGCGAUCUUCACCUUAUCGUCGGCUCUUGACAUGUCGAUCGUCUCCUACAACCUCGUAGAUCAGUCCAGUUCCAGGACCGACGACGAGGUUAUGGCGAUCUACGAGGCGUGGCUUGUCAAGCACGGCAAGGUCUACAACGCCCUAGGCGAGAAGGAGAAGCGGUUCCAGAUCUUCAAGGACAAUCUCAGGUUCAUCGACGAGCACAACGCUCAGGACCGGCCAUACAAGCUCGGUCUAAACCGGUUCGCCGAUUUGACCAACGAGGAGUACCGGUCAACGUACCUCGGCACGAAGAUCCGCGGCCAGAAGAAGGUCAGCCAGCGGUACGCGCCGCGCGUCGGUGAUGACUUGCCUUCCUUCGUCGACUGGAGGAAGGAAGGUGCCGUUGUUGGGGUCAAAGAUCAAGGAAGCUGCGGGAGUUGCUGGGCUUUCUCGACAAUUGCUGCUGUUGAAGGAAUAAGCAAGAUAGUUACCGGUGACCUUGUCUCACUAUCGGAACAGGAGUUGGUUGACUGUGACACUUCAUAUAACGAAGGAUGCAAUGGUGGUCUCAUGGACUAUGCUUUUGAGUUCAUCAUCAAAAAUGGUGGUAUUGACUCUGAAGAAGAUUAUCCUUACAAAGGUUAUGAUAGCAGAUGCGACCAGUACAGGAAAAAUGCAAAGGUCGUUUCCAUUGAUGAUUAUGAAGAUGUUCCUGCAAACGACGAGAAAGCAUUGCUAAAAGCAGUUGCAAAUCAGCCCGUAGCCGUUGCCAUUGAAGGAGGUGGCAGGGCUUUCCAGUUGUAUGUGUCGGGUAUAUUCACCGAAACCUGUGGGACUUCACUGGAUCAUGGUGUUGCUGUUGUUGGGUAUGGAACAGAAAAUGGUCUUGACUAUUGGAUUGUGAGGAACUCGUGGGGUUCCAACUGGGGUGAGGACGGCUAUAUCAGGAUGGAGCGUAAUCUCGCCAGCACUCCAACGGGCAAAUGUGGAAUUGCAAUUGAGCCCUCUUACCCUAUCAAGAAAGGCCAAAAUCCUCCAAAUCCCGGCCCUUCUCCUCCAAGUCCGGUAAAGCCUCCAACAGUCUGUGACAACUACUAUUCAUGCGCGGACAGCGACACCUGCUGCUGUGUCUUUGAGUGGGGAAGGUAUUGCUUUUCCUGGGGAUGCUGCCCACUUGAGGCUGCCACCUGCUGUGAAGACCACAACAGUUGCUGCCCUCAUGACUAUCCCAUCUGCAACAUCAAUGCAGGGACAUGCUUGAUGAGCAAGGACAAUCCCCUGGGAGUGAAGGCAUUGAAGCGCACCGCUGCAAAACCUCACUGGGCUUUCAGACUCGAUGGAAAGAAAAGCAAUGCUUAAGCAAACACAUUCAAAGCUUUUAUGCCAGUGUAGCCAAAGCUAGGAAGGGUAAAAGAAUCCGAGUAUGCUUUUGGAGUUCUCCUUGGUUUAGCAUACUCCCAUUUCCACCGUCAAGACAGACGGGUUGAAAUGCUUAUCAAGAUUAAUUUCAGUUGCUGAUAUUUGUACAUAAAGCUCUUUAUUUAUGGGUUGCAUAUGAACUUACAGACAGAUAUUGUUGUAAGCUGCAAAAGUUCCCUGUAAAUUUUCAUAAUUCCUCAUUUCCCCUUAUCAAUUGCACCAUCAUUGUAAUGCUACUCGGACUUUGUUCAAUACUAAAUGGCAUUAUCCCUUCAGUUUCUCAAA